AAGAGUGGGAAAUAAUUCGGGCGUCGCGACGACCGUGGGAGUCGCGCCGCUACUUCCGAGGAAACAGCAUCCCGGGGGAUAACAUCUCCUAACGAUCGUUUUUAGAUAACAGGGAGAGGCAGCCGAAUCUCGAGAUGUCGAGGCCAAUCCUUAGCAGGCCGCGCACGUUCAUCUACGGUAGCAACUACGACAAGGGCGAGUCCUAUUACAAGCCCAUGGUCGACCACCUAGACCGGAAGUACAGCGCGCGGCCGUUGUUCCCGGAGCCGAGAAACUCACUAGCCGACGAGAUCGCGGCGCGCCGUAGCGACAUCGGCACACGCGACCUCUCCGGUCCCCGCACUGGCUCCCUCGGUCGCGAUCUUGACCUCGACCUCGACCCUCGUAUCCGAGCCUCCCAACCACCACCCUUCACCGACCCUCUGCUAGCUCUCGACGACGAGGACACCGUCUUCGACAGCCGUGGGCAACGCAUAUCGGCGCGUCGCAGGCUGGGCGAAGAGUUUGCGGACGAGGUAUCAGCGACGACACGCCGUUUACGUGCUCGAGUGGCAGCGAUGGGUCUCGAGGACGAAUUUGAAUCCGCGAACGUCGCGGGCCAGGCCAGAAGGAACGCCGACCUCCUGGAGAACGCGGUGACUGCCAGGAAGAGCGCCAAAACGGCGAUUGAAGAUGUCGAAAGCAGCUUCAAUAAGAGACGCUCGAAGCUCUUCGACGAGCUCGAGCGCGCCGACGAGAGCAAGCCGGCGUUUGCCAGGUGGUCCAAGCUGAUCAACGAGGACGAAGACUUAGCGCAGACCAGCGCCGCUGCAAGCCGGGCUAUACAGACGAAGGCGCGUCUCCACGAUCUCGAGUCAGAGAUGGAGCAGCUCGCCGAAAAGCAAGCCAAAAGGGAACGCAGGGCAGCAGCCCUUAGAGCGAUGGUCAACGAGACUGCCGCCGCGUCCGAUGUUGACAUCGCUCAACAAUCGGCCGUCAACAAGAAGGUGCGCAUCACCGAACGCACGGAGAAGCACGUCAGCUUCUAGAGAAUCUUGCGAUUUACUUUAAUUAUUCAACAACGGUGUUUUACAGCCGUUAAACAUAUAUACACUUCGGAUUAUUUUUAGCAACUAUAGGGAGAUUGUUAAUCUUCAUAUAUCACAGCUGUCGCAGAAAGAACACCUCCUAGUCAUUAAACGUGUCGAUUUUAUCUUGAAAAAUAUUAUUUAAAUAUGAUUUUAUACUUAAAUUCUAUUAUUUUUUAAAAAUAAUUAAGUUAAACAAAGUUGUUAAAAUAAAUCUGCUUCUAACAAGAUUGUUAUUACAGAUUUAGGUUGCAGCCUUUUGAUAAUUUUGGAAAAUUAUUUUGUCAUCAUAUAAGAUCAAUAUUGUAGUAAUUUUUAUUUAAUUUUUAUUUUUACUAUCUUUCUUCUCAAUUAGGGUUUAAUAUAGAGAUUGUAAAUCGCUGUAAGACACUGUUGUAUUUGAAUACGAGUAUAUAGAAUAUUUUCGAUGCGCCGUUACGCGGCGAUCGCCAUUUUUACGGCGGUCGCGUAAUUAUAUUCAUAUUAUAUCGUUGUUGAUCUGUUCGCGAAAUGAACGUACGACGAUUCCAUUAUAUUUUAUAGUGCGUUAUAGACAAUGAAUUAUCGAUAAAUUUUACUAAUAAUAAAUUGUUAAUAAAUUUUAUCGAUAAUAUCCAAUAUUGACACUUACGCUCACGAUAUUGCGCGUACGUUUGUUACGCGUAAUCUUGUAAUUAUAAAUGUAUUAAUAUAUACGUUAAUGCGAGAAGUUUCUCUCGAAAAUACGCUUAAUCCCUCAUUUUUAGCUUGAAAACGAUAAUAAUAUAUAUAAGUUAUAAAAUAAUACGAUUUAAAAUCCAACGUGCAUUUCAAAUUAGGUUUCUGUAUAAACAGUUUCUGAUUAAAAGUAAAUUUUAUAAAUUCUAUUUAUAUUUAAAACAUUUUCUUGCAAAUUAUUUAAUGUCCUGAAAUUUGAUAAAUAAUUUAAUUAACACAAUAAAGCCUGGAUUGCUCAAGAUUUAACGUAUUUUCGGACGAUAUUUCUCGCAUAAUUUUUCGCUUUUUUGCUCCUUAAGUGCGACCAAGGGAGCUUAAAUGUUACUUGUUCCUAACAAAUACGUUACGUUUUAAUGUUUAAAAUCAUUUUCAUGUUAAAACUUGUUACCACCAGCACGAUAUUAUAAAGAGACGCAAUACCGCAUUUUGUCAAAUCCGUCUCGAAACAUUGCCCCUUUCAUAAAACUAUUCUCCGCCAUUCGGAGACAAACUCUGUAAUGUGCAAACUCUUAAACACACGGCGAAACUUUCAAAUUUACCAUAAAUGUAUAUUUCUUCUUUCUUAUUCAGGAAUAAAUCUUGUCUGAAAACUC